UUCCCUGCCAGGACCUGAUGCAAUCCAUUCAAGCCAACAAGUUUGGAGAGAAUGUUGAGUUCAAUCAAUUCAGAACGUCGAGAUGGAGCCCAACUCACUCCAGUGGGUCGGCUCACCGUGUGGCUUGCACGGACCUUACAUUUUCUACAAGGCUUUUCAAUUCCACCUUGAAGGCAAACCAAGAAUUUUGUCCCUUGGCGACUUUUUCUUUGUAAGAUGUACGCCAAAGGAUCCGAUUUGCAUAGCGGAGCUCCAGCUGUUGUGGGAAGAGAGGACCAGCCGGCAACUUUUAUCCAGCUCUAAACUUUAUUUCCUCCCAGAAGACACUCCCCAGGGCAGAAAUAGCGACCAUGGCGAGGAUGAAGUCAUUGCUGUUUCCGAAAAAGUGAUUGUGAAACUUGAAGACCUGGUCAAGUGGGUACAUUCUGAUUUCUCCAAGUGGAGAUGUGGCCUCCAAGCUGGGCCAGUGAAAACUGAGGCCUUGGGAAGAAAUGGCCAGAAGGAAGCUCUACUGAAGUACAGGCAGUCAACCCUCAACAGCGGACUCAACUUCAAAGAUGUUCUCAAGGAAAAGGCUGACCUUGGGGAGGACGAGGAAGAAACAAACGUGAUCGUCCUCAGCUACCCUCAGUACUGCCGGUACCGUUCGAUGCUGAAACGCAUCCAGGAUAAGCCAUCGUCCAUUCUAACGGACCAGUUUGCAUUGGCUCUUGGGGGCAUUGCUGUGGUCAGCAGGAACCCUCAGAUCCUGUACUGCCGGGACACGUUUGACCAUCCAACGCUCAUAGAAAACGAGAGUAUAUGUGAUGAGUUUGCGCCAAAUCUUAAAGGCAGACCACGCAAAAAGAAACCAUGCCCGCAACGAAGAGAUUCAUUCAGCGGCGUUAAGGAUUCCAACAAUAAUUCCGAUGGCAAAGCUGUUGCCAAGGUGAAAUGUGAGGCCAGGUCAGCCUUGACCAAGCCGAAGAAUAACCACAACAACUGUAAAAAAGUCUCCAAUGAAGAAAAACCAAAGCUUGCUAUUGGUGAGGAGUGCAGGGCAGAUGAACAGGCCUUCUUGGUGGCACUUUAUAAAUACAUGAAAGAAAGGAAAACACCGAUAGAACGAAUCCCUUAUUUAGGUUUUAAACAGAUUAACCUUUGGACUAUGUUUCAAGCUGCUCAAAAACUGGGAGGAUAUGAAACAAUAACAGCCCGCCGUCAAUGGAAACAUAUUUAUGAUGAAUUAGGCGGUAAUCCUGGGAGCACCAGCGCCGCCACUUGUACCCGCAGACAUUAUGAAAGAUUAAUCCUACCAUAUGAAAGGUUUAUUAAGGGAGAGGAAGAUAAACCCCUGCCUCCAAUUAAACCUCGGAAACAGGAGAACAGUUCACAGGAAAAUGAGAAUAAGACAAAAGUGUCAGGAACCAAACGCAUCAAACACGAAAUGCCUAAGAGCAAGAAAGAGAAAGAGAAUGCCCCGAAGCCCCAGGAUGCAUCAGAGGUUUCUGCGGAGCAAGAGAAAGAGCAUGACACUUUAAACCAGAAAAACGUCACAGACCCUCUCCCAGCCACAGACGUGAAGAAGAAAGUGGACGGGUACCAGGAGGUUGUGGCGAGGCCUCCAGGAUCCAGAGCGGACCCAGAAAAGGACAGUGAGACAGACCAAGGCUCUCACAGCGAGAAGGAGGCCGAGGAGUCAGGAGAGAAGGCGCCUGCACCUCUGCUUCCAGAUGCUCCCCUGGCCCCUGAAAGGGACCCUGCCCCGAAGCUCGGAGCUGGCAAGCAGCCCCUCACUCCUCCCAGCGCCCUGGUAGACUCAAAGCAAGAAUCUAAACCCUGCUGUUUCACAGAGAGCCCUGAAAGUGACCUCCUCGAAGCCUCGUUUCCCAGCUUCCCGCCCACACAGCCCCCAGCGGCAAGCCAGAGUGAGACAGAGGAGGACAAACUCCCAGCCAUGGCAGAUUACAUCGCCAACUGCACCGUGAAGGUGGACCAGCUGGGCAGCGACGACAUCCACAACGCACUCAAGCAGACCCCGAAGGUCCUCGUGGUCCAGUCUUUCGACAUGUUCAAGGACAAAGACCUGACGGGGCCGCUGAAUGAGAACCAUGGACUGAAUUACACGCCCUUGCUGUACUCCAGGGGCAACCCGGGCAUCAUGUCCCCCCUGGCCAAGAAGAAGCUUCUGUCCCAAGUGAGUGGGGCCGGCCUCUCCAGCAGCUACCCCUACGGCUCCCCACCCCCCUUGAUCAGCAAAAAGAAACUCAUAGCCCGGGACGACCUGUGUUCCGGUUUGUCCCAGACCCACCACAGCCAAAGCACUGAGCACACGGCGGUGAGUCGGCCGUCGGUGAUUCAGCACGUGCAGAGUUUCAAGGGCAAGCCCUCGGAGGAGAGGAAGAGCAUCAAUGACAUUUUCAAGCACGACAAGCUGGGGCGAGCCGACGCCCACCGCUGCAGCUUCUCCAAGCAUCAUCACCUUAACUCCCUGGCUGACUCCUACAUCCUGAAGCAAGAAAUGCAGGAAGGCAAGGAUAAACUCUUAGAGAAAAGGGCACUCCCCCACUCGCACAUGCCCAGUUUCCUGGCAGACUUCUACUCGUCCCCGCACCUCCACAGCCUCUACAGACACACUGAGCACCACCUCCACAGCGAGCAGCCGUCCAAGUACCCCUCACGGGACAUGUACAGGGAAUCGGAAAACAACUCGUUUCCUUCCCACAAACACCAAGAGAAGCUCCACGUCAAUUAUCUCGCCUCCCUGCACCUGCAAGAUAAGAAGGUGGUCACAGCGGACGCCCCCACGGAUGAUCAGCCAACGGAUCUGAGCCUUCCCAAGAAUCCGCACAAACCUACCGGCAAGGUGCUGGGUCUGGCCCACUCGGCCCCGGGGCCCCAGGAGAGCAAAGGCAUGCCCCAGUUCCACGUCAUAAGCAGCCAGAGUCGGGACUGUCACCCGAAAGCCUGCCGGGUCUCGCCUAUGACCAUGUCGGCCCCCAAGAAGUACCCCGAGUCGCUUUCGCGGUCCGGGAAGCCUCACCACGUGAGACUGGAGAAUUUCCGAAAGAUGGAAGGCAUGGUUCACCCUAUCCUGCACCGGAAGAUGAGCCCUCAGAACAUAGGCGCGGCACGGCCCAUCAAGCGCAGCCUGGAGGAUCUGGACCUGGUGAUUGCCGGGAAAAAGGCCCGGGCCGUGUCUCCCCUGGACCCGUCCAAGGAGGUCUCUGGGAAGGAGAAGGCCUCUGAGCAGGAGAGCGAAGGCAGCAAGGCAGCGUACGGUGGGCAUUCGGGGGGCGGAUCGGAGGGCCACAAGCUGCCCCUGUCCUCCCCGAUCUUCCCAGGUUUGUAUUCUGGGAGCCUGUGUAACUCGGGCCUCAACUCCAGGCUCCCAGCUGGGUAUUCUCAUUCUCUGCAGUACUUGAAAAACCAGACUGUGCUUUCUCCACUCAUGCAGCCCCUGGCUUUCCACUCGCUUGUGAUGCAAAGAGGAAUUUUUACAUCGCCCACAAAUUCUCAGCAGCUAUACAGACACUUGGCUGCGGCCACGCCGGUAGGAAGUUCGUACGGGGACCUUUUGCACAACAGCAUUUACCCUUUAGCUGCUAUCAACCCUCAAGCUGCCUUCCCGUCUUCCCAGCUGUCGUCCGUACACCCCAGCACAAAACUGUAGGCCCGGCUCUGCUCGGCGUCCCAGGACGGCCCGGCUGCCGGAGCUGCACCCCUUUGCCCUGGGGCGGGCGGCUCAGAGUUAGAAGUCAGUAUUUCUUCUAAUCUGGGGGUACGAUGAGUUCCAGCCACAGAGGCCGAGAUGGGAGGUGCAGAUGCCUGAGUCCUCUGGGACAGCUCUGGCCUCGGCUGGUCAGUCUCGACCCCCCUUUGCUACACGGAUGCCCUGGCACCGCCGGAUCAUUCACUUUGCCUGUGGGUCUUCGGAAGGGGUUUAUGUAUAUCCAGGAUGAACUGAGAGGGCCCGGUCUGAGUUUGGAUGGUCAGGAAACAAUCUGGGCUAAACCAAGGGGGCCGGCUUUUCAAAGGAAGGGGCAAGGAAGCUGGCAGAGCCAUGCCAAGGGAUGCCCCUCACUCUUUUCACAAAACUCUCCAAGGUUCAAUCAAUGCAAUGUAUAGUGAAACUUCAAGAGAUCUUUCAUUUUGACACUAUUCAACAAUCCAGAGAAGUAAACACUGUUAAAUUGACUGUAUAUAUUUGCUUCUUAAAACUACCCGGAUCACUGUUUGCUCACCUAAUUUAUAUACAGGUCGUUCCAUUUUCUCCCGGUUCCUCCUUGUCCUUUUUUUUUUUUAUUUUAAUUAAACAAUACCGCUUUUGUUUGCAGGUCUUUUUGUUUUGUUUUGUUUUGUUUUUGUUUUAAAGGCUGACUGACUGUCCUCGGUGUUGAUGUGUGUUUGUAAUUUUGCCACAUCUUAUCAUUUUGAGCAGCUUUGGGUGGUAAAGUUAUUGUUUACAAAUUGAAGCAACUGAUUCUAGUGGAACAAAUGAAAGAGAAGCAGCCGAGCACACAGUUGUGCAAAGAACGUUCCUUUGCCGACCCGCAACUUACGGAUUUUGUUCCUCAUAAAUGGCAUAGUUGAAAGAGCUUAGACACUGCUUACCCGGCCAAAUGCUUUGCUUUGAAGUAUUGGGUUAUGUGAAAAUAUUGAGCAUUGUACUUACCUUAUCUAGGCUGUGAAACUGCCCUACAUACCAGAGGAAUCAUAAAAACAAAACCUCGCUGGCAGCAAGCUGCUGAAUAACAAGAGUCUAGAGGACAUAUUUGUGGGCUGCACAGAUAUCUUAGGAAUUUCAGAAAUUAGAACAGGAGCCAAACUGAUUGACAUUGGUGUUGGCCCUGAUCCCUUUAAAUGGCCUGGGAAAGGGGGCUGGGAAGAGGGUACAGCUCGGCUGUCCAGCAAAGAAGGAGCGGCUGAGGGCCUGGCAGCUUUGGAGCUUUGCUGGGUGGCAGUCUGUUGAGUCCUGUGUAGCCACAGUGUCUCCAUCAACUUGAUUUCUUGUCAUUCCCAAGAAGAAUCUCCCAGGCCGCUUCUUUGGGGAUAACUGGCAUACUAGGUUAUCCGUUUCAAAAGGAAGUCGUCCUCUUUGGGAUUAUGAGCCUGAGCGGUGUGUGUGUCCACGCACACGGGGUGGUUUGGCUCAUGUGUUUAAUCACCUGAAAAUAUCGUCCGCAUUAUGAUUUCUUUUAUUGUUAGAAAUCAGUGGUCAGGCUGUUGAAGCAGCUGGAAUGUGUGGAGAAUGUCUACGGUCGUUCUUCCACUCUAUACCAUUUGCUGCCAAGGUGUAGUAUCAAAGUGGAUGCAUUUUCUAGGUGUCUCAAAAAUCGAUCAACACAGAGAGUGGAUUUUGUUCCCAAGUCCCAUCCCUGCUGAAGGUUGCUUUGAUGAACUCCCCGGCCCACCGUUCCCAUCCCCCAACACUACUAGUAGGCUUUAGGACCAUAGUUAACCAAGUCUUUUACCUCUGAGAUAUUUAAUUCUACAAAAACUGAUGACAAUUUUCAACUUCUAAAUAGGUAACUCACUGCAAAGUACUCUAAACUGGUAACAAUGAAACUGCGGCUCUUACACAAAGCCAUGCAUGUCGUGCAUUUGUAUUGAAAUGUCUCCAUGAUAUGAAGCCAAAUAUUCCAUGUAACAUAUUUAAUAUCCAAAGUUGGAAACAAAAGAAUGUAGAGAUCCAGUGUUAAGAGUUCCAUUUGCUUCAAUUAAUUAUUUACCUUCCUGUGGAAUAAUAUAUAUAUAUAUAUAUAUUUAAUAGAACCAUAGAUAGACUAGUAGAAUUUAGAUUAUAAAUGUGUGAGUGCAGAUUAUCCUGCUAUUGCACAAGAUAGAGGGGGUGGAAAAAAAAUCUCAAUUCCAGCAGGCAAAAUGCUGGCCAGGACACACAGAAGAAAGUUGCACUAGAUUGAAUGGUCAUAGAACCAGAGGACAUGGACAGAAAACAAAACUCCUAUGCUUCUGCAGCAGACAUGGGCUAGAUGGUACUACAUGGUUUCUAUGAGUUUGUUUCUCAAAAAAAAAAAAAAAAAAAAAAUAGGGGUGUCUGUUCCCCAGUGGAGCUCACC